AUGUCCACCACCGAUAACACCACACCAAACUACAAAAUUUUCUUCGAGUAUCCUUCUGCGCUAGAGGAAGCCAACAAAACAUAUAAACAAAUUACUAGCAAUUACCAUAACCGCGCGCUCCAUCCUAAAGUUAACCAACCGAGUGAUGAAGACUAUGGGAUUUGCGUUUGUGAAUACCAGCCAGGCGACCCAAUCGAUGAUGCGUGCGGGUCUGAAUGUAUUAAUCGCGUGUUAUUCAUCGAGUGUACAGGAGAUUGUCCUAUUGGAGACUACUGCAAAAACAAAAGAUUCCAGCAAGCUGAAUAUUCUGUUGUCGAUGUAUUUAAGACCGAAUCAAAAGGAUAUGGGUUGCGAGCAAUGGAGCCUAUUAAAAAAAACACCUUUAUCAUAGAAUACACCGGAGAAAUCGUUCCAAAAGACGUCUUUUACCAGCGUCAAACAGAUUACGCGAAAAAAGGGAUUGAGCACUUUUAUUUUAUGAGUCUUACUAAUGGAGAGCUUAUUGACGCGACUAAGAAAGGCUGUAUCGCGAGGUUUAUGAAUCACUCUUGCAAUCCGAACUGCUUUAUCCAGAAGUGGAUUGUGAAUAAAAGAACGCGCAUUGGAAUCUUCGCUUUACGUGAUAUUGUAUUGGGAGAAGAACUCACAUUUGAUUACAAUACAGAUAGAAAAGGAAUGGCCGCUCAAAAAUGCCACUGUAACGAGGAUAACUGCUGCGGAUAUCUUGGUGGUCAGAAAGGGUCUGACGAUGAAUCAGAUGACGAAGGCGAGGGUGAAAUGGGACCAAUCCAAGAUCCUGAAGAUGUGCCCGAAUUCAUACGAACAAUGAUCCGCACACUACAUAAUCGGGAUGAAGUACUUGAUAUAUUGUAUCGUCUCGAGAUGACGGAUGAUAAUGAUGUUUUUAGCAAAUUCAAGCAUCUUCACGGUUUACUUGUGUUGAAAGCGUAUCUAGUCGAAUGGAGACACGAUGAUGAGAUCGUUUUAAAGACUUUAGAGGUGUUGCCAAAACUACCAAUCUUGGCCCGAAAUACGAUAACUGAUGCUAAAAUUGAAGAGAAAAUGGAAAUAUUCAAGGAAAGAUCUCCACAAAUGAAAGAUUUAGUGGAUGCGAAAAGUGGGGAUCUCUUACUGUCCUACACAGAUGUCCAAAAAAGACUAUCUUAUUCACAUUACAUUCCUUAUCAUGACAAUCGCAAUCAUCAUACUUAUAAUAAUGAACCAGAGCGAAGGCCAAGAUAUGAAUCGAGUCGGGACUUUUAUGAAUCUUACAGCUCUUACAAACCUUCUUCAGUAAAUGAUUCAUAUCGGUCAUCGCAUAAUAAUGAUCAAAGAACUUCGACGUUCACAUCUACAGAUCGAUAUCGACCUACUCCACAAUUAGUCGCACGUCAUCAACAAAGAAGUCCAAAUAAAGGUGAAAGUUCCGAUACAGCAGUAGCAACUAAUAACGUUCAUCAUAAUAAAGCAACAACUUCAUCAUCAUCAGUACUACAAGCAACUCCGCCUCAACCGCCACAAUCAACAUUAGCAUUACCUGACCCCACCUCGCUGCCACAAGUACCAAGAAUUAUUCAACCAGGGUCAUUGCACCCAAAUUGGCGCGAAGUCGUGGGGGAUGAAGGUCAAGUCUAUUAUUAUAACGUGGUCACGAACAAAACGCAGUGGGAGAGACCGGUGGUGGAGGACCGGCAAACUUUGGAGGGGUAUAGCGUGGCGUCGAUCAACGCGGUGAUCGAGCGGGUGAUGGCUUCGCAGCACGUAGCUGUGGAGCCGGAGCCCCAAGGAGAGGAGGAAGGAGCCAAGGUGGAGCCAGCGGCUGCAAUGAGCGAGACAGCAUUUAAGGAGGAGCUGCAGAAGUUGGUGAUUGAUCGUUGCAGCCGCUGGAAGGGUGAGUUUAAGGUGGCGGAUUUUAAAAAACACGCCAGGAGGCUGGCCCACCUGGUGGUGGAUAAAGAAUUCCGCCGCCAGAAGGAGGGGGUGUACGUGGUGACCGACUCUCUUCGGUCGCGAAUAAAGAAGUUUGUCGCCGAUUACAUCGGCAAACUUCUCGCGCACCGAGGAGAGCCCCUCGAGACUUCUGCUGGUCAGAAGAGGAGUCUUGAGGACCGCUCGGAGGAGGGUGGUCACCACAAAAAAUCAAAAAAUUAA